CCCAGCAGCCGAAAACCCUACCCUGUUCUCCCUUUCACCUUCAACAAGUUCACUGAACUUUAAGCCCAUAGCAAUACCCACGGUUCCUUAUCUUGUUCCAUGGAGGAAGGAAACAGAAAUUUGAGAGAGAAGAAGCAGGGAAGGGGAAAUCGGAAACGCAAUACACACCCAUGAAGCACUGAUCACCAAACGGAGAAGAGGGGAGAUGAGGAAGCACGGCGCCGGCGAGCGCCACUGCCGCCGCGCCGUCGUAUUGCAUCAGGGAGGAUGGGCGAGUAGGAAUCAGACACGAGAGGGAGAGGGUCGCGCCGCCACGGUUGUCCAGGGGAAACGCUGGAGAAGAAGCUGCUGCGCUGCCCAAAACUGCGUUCAACUCGCCGCCGUUCAGGCUCCAGUUGCCGUCACCCUCGUGCAGUCGCCGCCGCGAAGUAGCCUUGCAUCCGUCGCCGUCUUCGCGGAGCUUGUGUGGUUGCAGUCGCUCCUCGCCGUGGAGCCCGUGCCGUCGCCUUUCAGCCACCGUCGGAGUAGAAAUGCACACGAGGGAGCGGCGGAGAGGGUGAGACGCGAAUGGUGGUGGGUGGAUCCACCGCCCAUGCUUCCGUGCCGUCAGAAUCUGCCGCCAUGGCCGCCGGAGCUCCGGGCUGAGCUUCUGCCACUUGAGACCUUGCUGGCCGUUUCGAGCCGCUCCGCCGUCUCUGCUGCUGGAGAAUGCAGCUUAGUCGCCGGAAAACCACUGCCGUCGCGGUUGUCGGAGUCUUUCAUCGCCGCUGCCGCUUGAGGUGGCUGACGGAGCCGCUCCCAAGUUGAUAUGGAGCUGUGGCUGUUUUGCUUUGUUAAUUCAGAGUCAGAAUCCAGUUUGCUUAUGCCGAUUGUAGCUGUUUCUGAUUUUGAGAGAAACAAGCAGAGCCGAGGUUUUAAUUGCCGGUGAUUUCGAGUUGAGGACAAAAAGAACUUAUGAGGCGUUUGGGUUAUGGUUUUGCCGUUUUGAGCUGGUGGACGAAAUUGUGAUAAAAGAGUUCCAGGCACUGUUAGAGAAGCUCACAACUCCGUUCAACUUAACCAGCAAGUGUACUGGGUCAUCCAAGUAGUACCUUACGUGAGUAAGGAUCGAUCCCACAGAGAUUUUGGUAUGAAGCAAGCUAUGGUCACCUUGUAAAUCUCAGUUAGGCAGAUUAAAUGGUUAUGGAUUUCGAAAAUCAAUAAUAAAUAGAAAAUAAAAAGGGAUAGAAAUACUUAUGUAAAUUAAUAGUGGGAAUUUUAGAUAGGCGUAUGGAGAUGCUGUGCUCCUCUCGUAUCUCUACUAUUUUAUUA